GCGGGGGGCGGGGCCGAGGUAGGCCUGGCGGCGGCGGCGAUAACAGCAGCAGCGACCGCGGAGUAGAGGCCCGGCAUGCCUGCUGCCCCCCGCCGGGACCCAGCUCUGCCGCCCGGUGCCCACCAUGGAGUUGGUGCAAGCGCCCACAGACCUGGCCCAGCUGCAGGCAGAGGUGGGGCGCCUGGCGGCCGAGCUGCAGGAGGCCACGCAGGAGAAGGUCCAAGCCGCCCAGUACGGGCUGGCGGUGCUGGAGGAGAACGGGGAGCUCAAGCAGCGCUGCGGGGAGCUGGAGGGGCAGUUGCACGGGCUGAGCUCAGAGCUGUCCCAAAUGAAGGAGGCCCUGGCUGAGUGCCACAGCAGCCACAGGCGGGCAGCAGUGGCCGGGGAGAACCGGGAGGAGAGCCUGGUGCGCGAGGCUGCAGCCAGCGAGGCCCAGCUCGCAGCCCGCCUGGGGGAGCAGCAGGGGGAGCUGAGGCACCUGCAAUGCCGGCUGAGCAACGCAGGCGCUGAGAGUGAGCGGUUGCAUGCCGCCCUGCAGGGCCUGCGCCAGGAGUGCCAGGCCUUGGAGGCAGAGAAGGCCCAGCUGCGGGAGGAGCUGAAGCUGUACAAGAGCCGGGAGCUGCGGCAGCUGCAGGACUGCACUGAGCUGGAGGAGGAGAACAUCUCCCUGCAGAAGCAGAUGUCCGUGCUCAAGAGCAACCAGGUGGAGUUUGAGGCCCUGAAGCACGAGCUGCAGUGCCGGGAUGAGGAGGCAGUGCUGGCCGGAGCCCAGCUGGAGGAGCUGGGGCGGCUGCGGGAGCUGGCGGAGCGGCAGCUGGAGGAGGCGCUGGAGACGCUGGCGGUGGAGCGGGAGCAGCGGCGGGAGCUGCGGCGGGAGCUGGCGGCCUGCACCGGGGGCCGCCCCAGCUCGCUGGGCAGCCUGCAGGCCGGCCUGGAGGAGCUAAGCCAGGAUGAGGAGCUGGACAGCGGCUUUGCCAAUGGCAGCGCCAGGAUGGGGGACUUCGGGGAGCGGGCAUCCACUCCCCGCGCCCACCCUGCGCCCAGCCUCGUCGCCGACCUCUUCAGUGAGCUCAGCCUGGCCGAGGUGCACAAGCUGCAGCAGCAGCUGCUCCAGGUGGAUCGGGAGAAAGCCUCCCUGGCGGCUGAUGUGAGGGUGGCCCGGGGGCAGCUGGACAGCUCCAGGGUGGCCUUGACGGAUCAGCAGCAGCGCAGUGGCCUCCUCCUGGAGCAGCUCAAGGCCAGGCCAGCAUCCCUGGAGCCUCAGCCCUGGCACGACCUGGUAGCACAGCUGGAGGGGCAGCUGCAGGCCUCCCGGAAGCUGGCAGGGGAGCUGCAGGCCCGGCUGGCCCAGGUGCAGGAGGAGCUGCUGGGGCUGACGGAGGAACUGGCCACCCUCUACCACCAGGUCUGCGCCUGGCAUGGCCUGACACCACGGCGGGUGGUGCUGGAUUAUUACCGGGACGGGCGUGGCACCAGGGGGCUGCUGGGCAAGAGGGAGCCGGGGGGCAAGCCCCGUCUCCAGCCGGAGCCAGGGGCGGGGCCCUGUGAGGACCAGUCACCCCCUGGGGAGCCCCUUAAUGUCUCCAACCUGGCGGUGGUGCUGCGGGAGCAGCUGGGGCACCUGCAGGGGGCACUGGUCUUGUGGCGGCAGCGGUCCCCUGGGCAGGGCCCGCCAGCCGCCGAGCUCGAGCAGGACAAGGAGGCGCUGGCUGAAGAGGUGAUGAAGCUUCGCUCCCUGCUCAGCACCAAGCGGGAGCAGAUCGCCACGCUGCGCACCGUGCUCAAGGCCAACAAGCAGACGGCAGAGGUGGCGCUGUCCAACCUGAAGGGGCAGUACGAGGGGGAGAAAGCCCUGGUGUCGGACACCAUGCUCAAGCUGCGCCGUGAGCUGAAGGCCUUGAAGGAGGACGCCACCACCUUCUCCUCCUUACGCGCCAUGUUUGCCAGCCGGUGUGACCAGUAUGUGUCCCAGCUGGACGAGAUGCAGCGGCAGCUGGCAGUGGCAGAGGAUGAGAAGAAGACGCUCAGCUCCUUGCUGCGCAUGGCCAUCCAGCAGAAGCUGGCACUCACCCAGCGCCUGGAGAGCCUGGAGAGCCCAGCCCACGGCACCAGGGCCAGACCACGCAGCACCAGGAGCACUGCGAACUGAGACCUCAGCGGCCUUGCAGAGAAACACGCAGGAUUGGUGCCAACCAGCACCAGGACCGGCACCGCCCUUCACCGCCCGUGCCUUCAAUGCUGCAAACUGCCGACAGACCCUUGACCUCUGCCACAGCUGCCCCCGCCAGCGGGCAGCUGCCAGGCCUUAACCGCUCAGGGCUAGGUAGGGUGUAGCCAGCCGGCCCGCUGGGGGCAGAGCACUGGCCGGUGUCUCUGCCUUGCUGAGUGAGACCUCCUCCUCCUCCUCCUCCUGGGGGGUGGCUCAGGGUCCCACGCUUACAGGGCAGGGGCCAGGCCUGGUUCUUAGAGACCCCCCUCUCCCCCCCAAUCCCCACACUUGCAGGGCGGGGGCCAGGCCUUGCAUUCGGAGGCCCUCAACACCUGCACUUUUAAGGCACUAUCCCCUUUUCUCACAGCACCAUUUUGCACUUAGAGCUGGUGAUCUCAGGGGAGUGGCUGUGGGGGGUACCUGGGGUAUGGGGGCAUGCGCUGUAUGAACUGCUCUGUGUAUCCCCCAGGGUCAGACAAGUGACCGGGGCCUGGUUACUUUGCCUCCAAUUAAACAGCUUUUGUCUCCUCUUGGGCCUGGAACUCUGGUCAGGGGAUGGGCAAAGGCGCUGUGUGGCCCAUGCCACGCACCCCACAGCUGUAGGAUGGGGAUUGGAUCAGAGUGGAUAUGCUGUGGGGAGCUUGCAGGGCAGGCUAGCUGUGAGGGCACAUCAUGCUGGCUUUAGCAGGGGCUGUGGGGGUCUUUUCUUCGGCCUCCCACCUGAAGUGCCAGGUGCUGCACUGACCCCCUGCCCAAAAUCAUGGAAUCCCCACUGUGCUGACCACCCCAUACACCUCCAGCCUCCUAUGCCAGAGCUGGGUCAGGGCCCAUAUUGUGUGGAGUGCUACAUUCCCACCCCUGAUGAUUGGUGUUCUCUUGUUGUAUGGGGUCCCCUAUAGACCCUUGGGCCUGAAAUCAGGGCCCCCUAUUGUGCUGGGUGCUGCAUGGCUCCCCUGCCUGAGCUGGGGGUCCUAG